GGUCCGUUGAAUGGCUGCCUGCCAACUCAAGCCCGUGCCUGUGCUCAGUCCAUCCCCAAGAGCUCUAGCAAGACACUGGGAAGGAGACAACACAGUGCUCCUUGGAAAACAUGCUGCUUGGGAGCACCCUUCCCCCUGGGCUGGGUCCUGCACCAGCAGUCUCGAUCUUAUCUCUGCACAGCAGGUUUGGGCAAAGCUUAGAGGUCCUCCCCAGCCUUCCUGAGGGCUGUGGCCAACCACUAAACCACAAAUUCCCUCUGUGGUCCAAGAAGCCCACUCAGCCCUGAGCCCUCAGCCCACCACAGAGAUCUGCAAGUGGAUUUCGGGGCAUGGCAGGGUGAGAACUUCUGUCGUUGACAAUCCCAACCCGAGAAUGAAGCAUUCAGGUGUCUGCAGCGGCAAAUGCAAUCAGUAUCAGCAAGACUCCUUCUUAGUGGGACCUCCUGAGGUGUGCCCCCAGGCAGCAGUAAGGGAAGGCGCCAGCCUUUGCCCUGGCCUGGCAUCCCACGUGCAGCAUAGGAGUAGCUUAUGUUGCCAUAGCUGUGAAAUCAGGGGAUUGUCAUAUUGCAAUGAACCUGGCUCCGUGUAAAUAAUCAGCUCAGCCUAUUGUCAUGGCAAGAACUCAGGACUUUCACCACCAAAAAUCCAAGCUGCUACUGCUUCAGGGUGAUACAUGUUCCCUCUCGCAGCAUCACUACUUGUGGAUUGGCGCAACCAAAGACUGUGCUUCACAGACUCCCCAAAAGGACAAGGUCUUGAGUGGGGGAGCCCAUAAGGCCUCCUGCAAUAAAAAAAUGUGUUUGUUUACAGCAAUGUUACAACAACAUGAUGUUGUUUAUGACAAUGGGUGGUGUUGUAGCCAUGUCACCCCGUUCUUGGCAUCUCUUCAUUGAGCCCCUAUGUGUUGUCAUUUCAAGCGUAAAGUAGGUAACUUCACUCUAAAGAUCCUUCAUCACCAGUCCUGUCCUCCUAACUUAGCUACUAACUCUAACCACAUCCAGCAGUGAACAUACUGGCUUCCCCAGGUCUUUUGUUAAGUUACAGAAAACACUUUUCCAUGCUAUCCUUUAUGCCCUGAAGGCAUACCCAGCUCACAUUCAUGAAAUUACCCCAUCCCUCCAAAUCCUUCUUUUGCCAGGGUGCUGACAAUAACCACGAUAAUCAUUAGGUGGCUGGUAUGCUGAAACACCCACCUAUUCCACCGCAUAAGGAUGCUUCAUCUCUUCCUUAUGCUCUUUCACUGGCCCCCCUUGACCCAAACACAGCCCAUUUUCCCAAAAGCAGACUGUAACUUCAUCAGGGGUGGGGGCAUCCUUUUGUCCUGCACUUGUACAGCCCCUGUGACAGCGGGGUGCUGGCACCGUGCUCCGGUAGUUCCUCACGAUGCAAAAAGGAGCCCAAGGCAGGUGUGCGUCAAGGCCCAACCAACCACUUCUCUCACCAGGCCCUCACAGCUGGCCCAGGGUUUUGUGCACAACCAUCGAGCCUGGACUCUCCUGAUAAUGCUGUGCAAGGGGGGAGACCUCCCCUUCCACAGAGGGAGGCUCUCCGCAGAGGGCAGGUGGGGUUCCGAGCGAGAGGCACCCCCAGGAGAUGCUCCGAGGCCUGGCUGGGCCCCUCUGAAGGGGCACGGUCCCUCUGCAGCCGGGCUGGCAGGCGGGGGCGGCGGGACCAGCAGGGACCAGCACUUCGCUGCCCGUGGGAAGGCGCUUUUGAAGGCUGCGAGGCGGGGCGGGCUGACAGGAGGUCGGAGCUUCGCGCCUCCGGAGCGGGCCGGGGCCGGGGCCGGCUGCAGGGAGCCAGCUGGCUGCCCUCGCCUCGGUACGCCGCCGCUGCGCUCCGGCCGCCCCCCCCACUCUGCUACCACAGUUCCGCCGGAGAAGACGCGCGACGGCGGGACCGACAGCGGGGCGGCAGGAAGUGAGGGGCCGCUGCGCUCCGCUCGCCGUGUUAUGCGAGAGCGCUCCCGCCCCCGGGGCCGACGAGAGGCAGGCGGCGGCGGCGGCAGGAGCGCGGGCGGGGCGGCGUCGCCCCGGAGAGAGCGGCGGGGGGCCCCGGAGGCGGGCGGGGGCCGCAGGUCGGCGAUGGAGGAAGGGGCAGCAGACCUGCGACAGAGAAAGAAGCAAAACUGUACAGAAUCUGACAAAAUGGCUCCAGAGGAGAGAAACAAAGAAAACGCAAAGCUGGGAAGAUCGCCAAAGUAUAUGUUAAUUCAGCGUUUUGCGAAACUUUUCUUUGGCUGUCUUGCGGCAGUCACUAGUGGAAUGAUGUACGCUGUGUACCUCUCAACAUAUCAUGAACGGAAAUUCUGGUUUUCCAGCAGGCAGGAACUUGAACGAGAAAUUACAUUUCAGGGUGACAGUGCCAUUUAUUACUCAUUCUAUAAAGAACUGCUAAAGGCUCCUUCCUUUGAAAGAGGUGUUUAUGAGUUGACACACAACAAUAAGACAGUAUCACUGAAGACAAUAAAUGCAGUCCAGCAAAUGACUUUGUACCCAGAGUUGAUUGCCAGUGUUUUAUAUCAAGCAUCUGGUAGCGAAGAAGUUAUUGAACCAGUGUAUUUCUACAUUGGUAUAGUUUUUGGACUGCAGGGAAUUUAUGUGACUGCAUUGUUUGUAACCAGUUGGGUUAUGAGUGGGACUUGGCUGGCAGGAAUGCUGACUGUAGCAUGGUUCAUUAUUAACAGGACAGAUACAACAAGAAUUGAUUACUCCAUACCAUCAAGGGAAAAUUGGGCUUUGCCAUAUUUUGCAUGUCAAGUAGCAGCUCUCACAGGCUAUUUAAAAAAAACCCUAAAUUGUUCUGCUGAGAAGUUUUGUUACCUUUUGGUGAGUGCUUCAACGUAUACAUUCAUGAUGAUGUGGGAAUACAGUCAUUAUCUCCUGUUUGUCCAGGCUGUUUCUCUUUUUCUGCUAGACAGCUUUGCCCUGGCACAGACACAGAAGGUCCAUGAAGUAUACAAAAUCUACUUGUUUUCUCUCUUCUUGGGGUACCUUUUGCAGUUUGAAAAUUCAGCCUUACUAGUGUCACCAUUACUGAGUCUUGUAGCAGCUUUAAUGCUCUCUAAAUGCCUUCAGAUGAAUAUGAAAAAAGGUACAUUUAUGUCAAGAUUGCUGAAAAUAAUGUACAUUUAUUUGGUACUUACAAUAACAGUGACACUAAACUUCUUACUAAAGAUGUUUGUUCCUCAUAAAGAAAAUGAGCAUUUGCUGAAGUUCAUUGAAGUAAAACUUGGCUUAAACACAACUAAGAAUUUUACAAUGAAUUGGCUUCUUUGUCAAGAAUCUCUUCAGGCACCCUCCCAAGACUUUUUUUUGCGACUAACACAGUCAUCAGUGUUGCCUUUCUAUAUUUUAGUAUUAAUUAUCUGCCUUUUUUCUGUAACUCAGGUCAUUUUUAGGAGAAUUUGUGGUGAACCACUGAAAGAGACAGUUAAACUUGAGGAUGGUCGAAUUGGAGAGAGGCCAGAAAUAGUUUAUCAUGUAAUUCACACAAUUUUACUUGGUUGUCUAGCGAUGUGUUUGGAAGGAAUGAAAUAUCUAUGGACGCCUUAUGUUUGCAUGCUUGCUGCAUUUGGUGUGUGCUCUCCUGAACUUUGGAUGACACUUUUCAAGUGGCUUCGACUGAAAGCUGUGCACCCAAUAUUGCUGGCUCUUAUUCUGAGUAUGGCAGUUCCGACAAUAAUUGGAUUCAGCUUGUGGAAAGAGUUUUUCCCUAGGAUAAUGACAGAGCUUUCAGAACUACAAGAAUUCUAUGAUCCUGAUACAGUAGAACUUAUGACAUGGAUAAAACGACAGGCUCCUGUGGCUGCUGUGUUUGCAGGCAGCCCACAGUUAAUGGGUGUGAUUAAGCUUUGUACCGGAUGGAUGGUGUCAAGCUUGCCUUUAUAUAAUGAUGAUGAUCUUCUAAAAAGAAAUGAAAAUAUUUAUCAGAUCUAUUCAAAGAGGUCAGCAGAAGAUAUUUAUAAGAUACUCACAUCUUACAAAGCCAAUUUUCUGGUUAUUGAAGAUUCAAUUUGCAAUGAAGUGGGACCUGUAAGAGGAUGUAGAGUUAAAGAUCUAUUGGACAUUGCUAAUGGUCAUGUGGUUUGUGAGGAAGGUGACAGCUAUGCCUACUCAAAAUAUGGACGAUUUUGUCAUGAAAUCAAAAUGAACUAUUCUCCAUAUGUGAAUUAUUUUACUCGGGUAUACUGGAAUAGAUCCUAUUUUGUGUAUAGAAUCAACACUGUGAUAUCCUUCCAGUCGUGAAAAAGCAUGCAAGAUUCUUUCUGAGGAUUGUGAAUGAAAUUCAAUUGGAAAAGUUCCUUUUGAUCAAGGAAGUUAUUUUUGCAGAUACAUGUGUGCACAUGCAGAGUAUUGACAACUUUAUUUUACCAAACUGGAAUUCUUUGAACUACAGAUCAACAGACAUAGAUACCAUCCUUGAAGGAAACAGGAAAAUUUGUCAAUUUUACAGUCUCUACAGAGUGUGACAGUCUUCCACGUUUUUGCAUUUUUCUUCCCAUUUAAAUCAUCUUAAUCUUCAUGUAAAUGAGAUUUCUAACUUGAGUGUUAGAGAGCUGAUGUGGGUAGACUUCAGUAAAAGCAGAAAAAUUAUCUGAAGAGUUCAUUUAAGUCAUACAGCUUUUGUUUUCUAGUAAGAAAGCAAUCGGUAUCCCAAGUCUUUUCAAGUAAGUGUUUGGGGUUUUGGGGUUUUUUUUGUUGUUUUAUUCUUCCUGUCUUCCAGUCUAAACAUUUCUGUGUUUAUCAAACACACAUUCCUACAUCUUAUGUAUAGCUAUAGUGUUUGUAUAAAUCAAAUAAGGAAGAUUUUAUUUAAACAACACUUCCAUAGAUUAAGGCACUGAUCUCUACAUUGUUAGCGACAUGUUGGUGGAAGUGGUUGGACUUAGACCUAGCAGUAGGGGUUGGCAAGGUCACAUCUUCCAUUUGGAAAGAACUUGUCUUCAGGAUUUUUCCAUGCUUAAAUGUGUAUGUGUGUAUGCAUGUGUGUGUCUUAGCAGCCAUCAGAAUGGGCCAGUAUACAACAGUAUGCCAUACUUGGUUUUAGACAAGUGUAGCAGGACAACUAGGUUUGCUACUGAGACUUCUGCACUUCUGUUUCACCCCCUCUGUGUGUGUGCUGGUAUAUAUGUGUGUGUGUGUAUGGGGGGAUGAGUGAUAGUAAUUUCAUUCAACUUACUAUGUGAUAGUUAUAUUAAGGUAGUGCCAUAACUGUAAUUUAAAACACUAUAAUUGCCACCAUUAAUAAAUAAUGGUACAGUUCGUAGCUAUUUUUAUAUCAAUUAUGCAACUACACCGAGAUCUUUGAAAAUUUGGGAAAGUACUCUGCAAUCUUGCUUCCCUCUAAAAUUUGUCUUCCUUAUAUGACCCCCUUUGCCUCUACAACUAUUUUUCUUAAAUUAUCUGUUCAUCCUGUUUGUUGCUGGCUGAUAUACUUUCAAGAGAAUGAACGAUGCUUUAAUUCCAACUCUGGGCCUAAUCCUAGUGUUGUGAAUGGAAAAUCCAAUAAAAGGUAAUGGUAACUUUGCUUACGUAAGUGUAGCCGGACAAAAAGCCAGGACAUAAGUUUUGGAAGAGGUUAUUCACCCAUUAGGAGUUACCUGCAGUUAUGGAUUCGUGUAACACCUGGCCCAGAGACCAGUCUAUUAGGCAUGUGGGAAUGAUUCUUUGGAGCCCAGAUGUCUUUAAUGAAGGUUCUGGCAUAAUAGGAUGAGCCUUCAACUGAAAAAUCUGCAAAUGAUUCUGCAAGUGAAAGCUGCAAAACGAUCCUUACCACACUUCUUGAUAAAAUGCAAAUUCAGAGAUUUUAACUCUGAAAAUAUUAGGAACUGCAGCAUGUGGUGUAUAUGCGAGAUUCUUAUCUGCUCUAUGCAGAUACAUUUGCUUACUUUACACUAGCAGGUAGUGCUGAGAUUUUUUUUAAAACCUAUUAUCACUAUUGGAGUGAUUUAAAAGAAAAAAGCUUUAUUGUUGUAAGAGUCAACAUGUCUGUAAUCUGGUUUUUUUUUACUUUCAGUUAUAUUUUUAGGCCUACGAGUCUUGACAAGAUGUUAAAUUAUGCAUUUUAUUUGAAACCAAUGUUCAGAUAAAUCCAUCGAAUAUACUGGAUGUGAUCAUUGAGAGAAACAUUUAUCAGUACAACUGAGUUACAAGUUAAAAGUAAAUAUCCUUUCUGGGGAUACAGUUGUUGUGUUGAGGGUAGUAUGUACAUGUGUCUCUGGCCAAAUACAGUCUGCAUUUAUUUGCUUAUGCACAAGUGCGUAUGUUUUACUGCACUAGACUGUUUCAGACUUUUCAAUUACCAUAUAACAACAGAAGCUAGUGUAUUAACUUAAGCUAUGGCAGGCCUGCAGGAACCUUCUCUGUAUGUGCUAGUAUGGAUGUAGGUGUAAUACUUGGAAGUGAGUUUAGUGUUCCUUAUGCAAUUUAAGUUUGUUUGAAUCACUGUCUGCAUGUCAGUCAUUUACUUGCCUGAAGUUAAUCAUUCAUGAAUAUCAUUUCAUAACAGCAAUAAGGCAUUCCAGGUAGCAAACUUCAGGGUUACAACUGCACUUGGGUGGAUGAAGUCGCAUAGCUUACGGCUUUAUGCCUUAGACUGCCAUGCCAAGAUGCAAUAUUUAACUAUCCUUGACUGCCUGUUGUGUUUUACUGCAAUGCUGUAUGUAUGUGCUACCACAUAGAACAUUGUUUGAAUACUUACAUGUAUAGCACACGUGUAAAGAAAAACAUAAAUGCGGCCAUCUGUACAUCUAAAGAAAACUGUCUUGUAGCAUGUUGGCCUUUAUGCAUGUUUAAACGAACAUGCUGAACUUCAUUUGAACUGUGACAUAGUUGUUAUUAGUUUUGUCAUAGUUUUUAAGAUGUAUUCUUGAUACUUCAAUUGAUUCUGGUUUAGGAGAAUCAUUUAAGAUUUUUACCUUGCUUUUUAUAUUAGAGAAAAUUGUAUUGCAGCACCAUUGGCACAGCAGCCUUAAGUAACAGAAGGAGCCUUUUAUGUGGGAGAAACAUUGCUGUUGUUCCAGUAAAAAGGCAUAAUUUUUAAAACGAGUGACUGGAAGAAUCAUACCUUACAAAGAAAAUGAUGAGCUUGGAUUUCUUACCCAGCUAUGGAUUAGCAAAAAUAAUUAUUGUCUAUUCUAGUCUCCAUCUUCUGUGAAAAAUAAACAGUACGUUUCAUGAUAUCCCUCAGAAGGACAACAAUAGGGCAUAAUUCCGUCGGACUUGUACACACAAUCUUAGCUCGGUUUUCAAGCAGGUCACAGGUUUAACUCCCUGAAAGGCCUGGGGGAACAUUUUGCAAAAAAUGAUCUGUUUUGCUGUAGAUGUUGCAAUUCAGUUGAAACAUGUGCCUUGCAAGCUUUUAUUAAACAAACAAAAAACUCAAUUUGUGUUUCUUUUUGUGAAGAUUUUUUUUUUUUUUUUUAAAUUCCUAUCUCUCUGAUUUCUAGAGCUUCCGUUGUGUCUUAAUAGCCCAGCCUCCAAGGAUGCUCGUGUAGUAAGUGGUGCAGCUAGGAUCUAUGCCAGCCAUCUAACAGCUGUUCACUGGGAAGAAUGAGAAUUUGCAUAGCAAUUUGUGUUGCUAUUUUGCUGGCUUAUUUUCUCCUUCACAUUUCCAACUUCUGAUAUGCUUGAUCUUAGUAAAUGCAAAAAAAUUACCUUGAAAGAAUAAAUGAGUAUAGUAUUUUCAGGCACUCACCUGUUACUGUUAGACUUGUGGAUGAAAGUUGAAUCAAGCCACAGCUAAACUGACGUACAAUUUUGUCUUAAUCUUAAAAAAAAGCUCUUUCACUUCCUGAAUUACCACAUAAUUGAAUUCAGUUGAUAGAUUUGCCAGGAGAUGUUUGAGACUAAUUAAGUAAAGGCAUUUCAGAACAUAAGCUUCUAUUCAUGUUAUUUUAAAAAAUACUGGUUUUAUUUCUUCCAAAGUAAAUGGAAGUACAAUUAAUACAAUACAAUCUUAAAUGCAGUUUCCAUUGGGGGGGUAAGGAGGAGAUACACAAAUAUGGAAGAGGGCCGAAAGGCUUAACAGGCAUUGAAAAUUCUUCAAACUGUUUGCUCUGGUGGCAGUACUACUUACUGAAAGGUAGAAGGUUAGGGACCAAAUCUUGCUCUUACCACCUUAUUUUUACUAAGUCAUCUGCAAAUGUCCAAAUCUUGUGACCCUUCAUCAGCUUUCCCAUGCAAUUCACAUGAACAGGAGCUGCAGGAUUGGGUCAUAGAGAUUGUAAGCUGUCAUUGAAACACUUCUUGAUGACUGCUGUUAACUUCAUAUAAUCUAUCCUUUAACCAAAUAUCUAACAGGAAGAAAGCGUAAGCUGUUGGUGUGUAUGCGUGGGCAUGCGUGUUGUGUUUGCAUUUAGAGAUGGCUGGUUUACUGUUGCGUUUUGGAGAUGUAAUGAGUAGCUUCUAUUAUUGCUAAUGGUGGUUGAAUCUACUAAUCUUCUAAAUAACUGACAGGCAGGUGGACUUUAGAGUACCAUGGUAUUAGAGAUGAAAGAAAAGCUGAAUUUAUUCCAACACAAGCAAUAUUUCAUGUGAAAUAAUACCUCAACAUAAAUCUGUAUAAUCAUGCCUUUAGUACUCUUUUUAAAACUUAACUUUAGGGGAAAAAAAAAGAAGUGAGAAAUUCUAAAACAUGCAGUGUGUGUUAUUUUAGUAAUCAUUUCUACUUCAUGAGUACAGCUAAAAGAAAAUAUCACCAUUAUGCUGCUGCACUUUUACCAUGCCAAAUGCAGAGCUAGCAAUGCCUAAAGGUCUUCUGAAUUGUUUGGUACCUCAAUUAGAUUUUUAAAUGUGUAAUUAAUCUGGCAACGUUUUUGAUUUCAGCACAGCUAAAUGUAUGUAAUUCUGCCUUUCAAGUGAUGUUUAAGGUUACCUAUUUAUUUGAUGGAAAAGAGGUGGGUGUUUAAUGCCUUUCAAAGUUUCAAACUUUGUUACUUCAGUAAUGCAGAACAAUUAUUGGUGGUGCUUUACUUGUAACAGUGACAUUUAGCAGUAGCGUGUAUGGCAUAUGGACGUAUCUAUGUGCCGCUAUUUAAUAACAAAUCUAAGGAAUCCAAUUCCUUUUAUCUUGUUGUUGUCUUGGACAGUUUUUUAUCAAAAUAAUGUAUACAUCGUAAAUAUUUUUCUCUUGUGACAAACUUUUUUUUCUGUGGGAAAAAAAAAUUGUAAUAAAAGCCAAGUCCAGAAAGUAUGGAUUGUUUGGGACACCGUUUUAUGCUUUUUUUUUUGAGAAGUCUGAUACCCUUUCACAAAAAACAUGUAGUUUGUAAUGAAUUAACCUCCUUCCGCUGUUGCAGUAAUAAAAUGAUUUUUGUAUUCUGUUGUAUUAUUUGCAUAUGCAAUUUUCAGUCAACUGAAGACUGUGCAGCAUAGGUAAGAUAUCUGUCUUGACAGGGCAGCAUAAAUAGUCUUGCAGCUCUUGAGGAUUACCAGCCUGCUCAGACUGGAUCCAUAUGUCAUGCUGACUGUGCCUACCUGUUGAGAUAUACUGGUAUGAAGAUGAGCGGCAAAAUAUGAGAUGCUUCUUAUGGAAUUACUGAACUCUGACUUUCUCCCUACAGAUCCUCCUACAGCAAGCAUGUCACCUGGAAAUAAAUUCCUAUGCAACAUCAAA